AUGGCGGAAGGACGCAGAGAACAGCCGCCCCAUCAUCUCCUCUCCUUACCACCGGCCAGCAAGCGACCCUGCCUGCGUCCCGCUCCCCGAGGUCCCGGCCCGGGGCCCGGGCACGGCAGCGGGUUGCCCAGCUCCCGGUUUCGUUCCCCGGAAUCUCUUCUGGACUGCGCCGCGAAGGCAGUAGCGGAAAAGUGGGCCUUCGAGAGAGUAGAGGAGCGCUUCGAGCGGAUCCCGGAGCCCGUCCAGCGCCGCAUCGUCUACUGGUCUUUUCCCCGCAACGAAAAGGAGAUAUGCAUGUACUCUUCGUUUCAGUGCCGAGUCGCCGGCGAGGAGGGUCCGUCGGCGGCUACCGGCGGGGCUGGGGGUACUGGGUCCGGAGCUACAAUCGCCGGCGGUGGCGGAGGAUCUACCGGUACGACGGCUACCGUGGGGGCAGCCGGAGCAGUGGGAACGGGAGACGGACUUCCUUUCCGCCGGGGUAUCAGACUGCUUGAGACCGGCUGUGUGGAAAACGUUUUACAAGUCGGGUUUCACCUCAGUGGCACAGUAACUGAACCAGCCACAUCAUCAGAUCCAGAGGUCACCCACAAGGUGGCCAUCAGCUUCGACCGAUGCAAGAUCACCUCCGUCACCUGUGGUUGUGGGAACAGAGACAUUUUCUAUUGCGCCCAUGUGGUGGCGCUCUCUCUUUACAGGAUUCGCAAGCCUGAACAGGUGAAGCUGCGGUUGCCCAUCUCAGAAACGUUAUUCCAGAUGAACAGAGAUCAGCUGCAGAAGCUGGUCCAGUAUCUGAUCACAGCCCACCACACCGAGGUGCUGCCCACCGCACAGAAACUGGCCGACGAGAUCCUCUCCUCCAACUCUGAGAUCAACCAGGUCCAUGGUGCUCCGGACCCGACUGCAGGCGCCAGCAUUGACGAUGACAACUGCUGGCAUCUGGACGAGGAUCAAGUCAGAGAGCAAGUCAAACAGUUUCUGUCGCAGGGAGGAUACUACGGCUCUGGGAAGCAACUCAACUCCAUGUUCUCCAAGGUGAGGGAAAUGCUACGAAUGCGAGACUCCAAUGGUGCCCGAAUGCUUACGCUUAUAACGGAACAGUUUAUGGCAGACCCUCGGCUGUCGCUAUGGAGACAGCAGGGUACGGGCAUGACGGACAAGUGUCGGCAACUCUGGGAUGAGCUAGGUGCAUUGUGGGUGUGCGUGGUCCUAAACCCCCACUGUAAGAGCGAGGAGAAGAGCGGCUGGCUGAAGCAGCUGAAGAAAUGGGGUGACAUGGACAUCUGCCCGCUGGAGGACGGCAACUACGGCAGCGAGCUUCCAAACAUCACCAACGCUCUGCCGCAGAGCAACAUGGCGCAAGACUCUCUGUCCAGGCCGAGGAGGUCGGUGUUCAGCCGGGCCGUCGAGGCCUGCGACCUCCACUGGCAGGACAGCCACCUCCAGAGGAUCAUCAGCAGCGACCACUACAUGUCUCCAUCCUACCAGAGAGAGGGGGAAAGUCUGCUGUUCAACCCACAGGGCCUGCCGCUCUGGCUCGACCACGUCCCGACGGCAUGCGCUCGCGUCGAUGCUCUGCGUUCCCAUGGUUACUCCAGGGAAGCAUUGCGAUUGGCCGUCGCCAUCAUCAACACGCUACGCCUCCAACAGCACAGACAGAUGGACAUCUACAAACACCAAAAGAAAGAGCUUCUCCAGAGGGGCGUGACUUCCACCACCAACCUGGAAGGCUGGGUGGGUCAUCCCUUAGACCCGAUUGGCUGUCUGUUCACCACACUCACCGAAACCUGCCGUGUGGACGACGACAACACCAUGGACACCGGAGAAGGUGACCCCAGGCCUCCGGUCUACCACCACGUACCAGUGUGGGGCAGUCCUGAUGGAGGCGAGUCCUACCUGACUUUGGCCUUAGAAGUGGCUCUGAUGGGUAUGGGCCAGCAGAGGAUAAUGCCCGAAGGCCUGUACGCUCAGGAUAAGGUGUGUCGUAACGAGGAGCAGAUUGUUGUAAAACUUCAAGAGCUGGAGUUGGAUGACCUCCUGGUUCAGACUCUUCGGAAACAGGCCAUACAGCUGCUAGAAGCUGGUCCGUUCAGCGGCCUAGGUGAGGUCAUCCACAGGGAGAGCGUUCCCAUGCACACCUUCGCCAAGUACCUCUUCUCUGCCCUGCUGCCACAUGACGCAGACCUGGCAUAUAAAGUGGCUCUCCGCGCCAUGAGGCUGCCGGUGCUGGAGUCUUCAGCAGGCUCCGGGGACGUGGGCCACCCUCAUCAUGGCAUCUCCAUAGUUCCAAGUAGAUACCCGCGCUGGUUCACACUGGGACACCUGGAGUCCCAGCAGUGUGAGCUGGCCUCCACCAUGCUCACUGCUGCUAAAGGUGACAUGUUGAGGUUGCGGACGGUGCUGGAAGCCAUCCAGAAAAACAUCCACUCCUCUUCGUUAAUCUUCAAGCUGGCCCAGGACGCCUUUAAGAUAGCCACACCCGCAGACAACCCGCCGGAUAUAACUCUGCUCAACGUGGCACUGGAGCUCGGACUGCAGGUGAUGAGGAUGACUCUGUCCACACUGAACUGGAGAAGGAGAGAGAUGGUUCGCUGGCUGGUAACCUGUGCCACUGAAGUUGGUCUCCGUGCGUUGGUUAGCAUCUUACAGAGCUGGUACACUCUCUUCACGCCGACCGAGGCCACAAGCAUCGUGGCGGCCACCGUCAUGUCCCACAACACCAUCCUGCGUCUCAGCCUCGACUACCCACAGCGCGAGGAGCUGGCCAGCUGCGCCAGGACCCUGGCCCUACAGUGCGCCAUGAAGGACCCCCAGAACUGCGCUCUGUCAGCUCUGACGCUCUGCGAGAAGGACCACAUCGCCUUCGAGACAGCCUACCAGAUCGUCAUCGACGCAGCGUCCACGGGUAUGACUUACUCCCAGCUGUUUACCAUCGCGAGGUACAUGGAACACCGAGGAUAUCCUCUGCGGUCCUUCAAGUUGGCCUCCCUCGCCAUGACCCACCUUAACCUGGCUUACAACCAGGACACACACCCAGCUAUUAAUGACGUGCUCUGGGCCUGCGCGCUCAGCCACUCCCUGGGUAAAAACGAGCUCGCAGCCAUUAUCCCCCUAGUGGUGAAGAGCGUGCACUGUGCCACGGUGCUGUCUGACAUCCUGCGGCGGUGCACCAUGACGGCACCGGGUUUAGCCGGCAUUCCCGGGAGAAGGAACUCUGGGAAGCUAAUGUCAACGGACAAGGCGCCGUUGCGGCAGCUCCUAGACGCCACGAUCUCGGCAUACAUCAACACCACGCACUCUCGACUGACGCACAUCAGUCCACGGCACUACGGAGAGUUCAUAGAGUUCCUGAGCAAAGCACAGGUGACUUUCCUGCUGGCACAGGACGGCCACAUUCAGCUCGCCCAGUUCAUAGACAACCUGAAACAGAUCUACAAGGGCAAGAAGAAACUGAUGAUGUUGGUCAGGGAGCGCUUCGGCUGACCACACCCCUCCCUCACAGGGACCCUGUUCUUGGGAAGUAGUUGAACUUAUUUGUUUCUAUUUAAGGUUUUUUGAAUUCCUUGUAUUUUUACUUCUUAUGUUGAGCCAUUUGUUGACUAAGUCUUAAGUUUUUGUCCUGUUUCGUUGUUUUGUUUCUUGAAUGUGAACCAGGAAGUGUUCGCAGUACAUUGCUCUACUUCAUUGAGACUGCAAAAGGGGGAAAUGGCUUGAAUUGUCAAAGAAACAACAAACAAAAAACAAAGCAUUUUCCCCCUCCAACUAAUGUUAAAUUUAAUAUGAAUAAGUCAAAAGAUUGUGAUGGGGAAAAAAACAACAAAAGAAACUUUGUUUUUUCGUGGCACAUUAAAAACCAAAAGAUUUAGUUGAAAGGGUUACUUACUAUGAGCCAGAAGACGCUUUCAGCUGGGAUUAAGAAGAAGGAGGAAGUGGUUUUCAAAGUGGCAGGAACAUGUCAUUCCAAAAGAGAGAAACAAAUGCAUAGUGUUGCUGUCAUAUCUCGACUGUAUUAUUUGUCAGCUUAAACUUCUCUAUCAGAAAUGGCCUCUUGGUUCAUUCAGGGCAUCCUAGAGUAGAGAAGGCAGAAUACAGAACUACACAUGUGUGGGCUCUCUGUAAACCAGCUCCUACCUUCUUCCCCUGCUGUUCAGUGCUUUUCCUUCAGAAUAUCUUCAAAGGAAGAACCAUGUUGCUUCACAGAGUGCAUGUUUUCAAAUCCAGAAACAGAAAGUGACAUUAUUCAGGCUGUUCUAGCUAAGGUAGAGUAGUCGAGGCUCCACGUGCACAUAUAUAUACAGUAUAUCUCGUAUGUCCUCCUAUAAGCUUAUAAACAGUGAUGAUACACAACUGUGAUGAACGGUGGGGUCACAGUAUUCACAUCUUUAGAGCUCCCACUGCACUGCUGUACAGCUAUUUGUGGCCAAAAUCUAUAAGACCCCAGUGGUCACCUUUCACUUGCUACAUCAAGAUUUCGUCAAAAAGCAAUAUAAGUCAAGUCUGCGCUUCAGUUGUUUCAGCUUGCGGUUUAAUUUCACCUUCUUGUAUUCUGUUAGGAAGCUUCGGAACAUAUUGGGACCUUGUUGAUUUCAGUGACUUAAUUGUUAACUGUAGCAAAAAUCCCUUUUCCAUCUCAAGAACGUUUGCCAGAACUCACAACGUUUUUGUAAGAAUUUGUUUCCUUGAACCUUUCCAUGAAGCCAGAGCAGAAUCCCCCUUUGAGAGCAGAAAUCUGGUUCCAAUGUUUGUUGUUUUGGUCAUAGUUCCAACCCCUAAAGCCCCGACAGCCCACAUAGUACUUUUUACCAAUUGCUUUGAGUUGUUGGCCUGACCUGUGCAGUACUUACCAUUGUUGGUUGAUCAAACAAGCACUAUUUAAAUAGAACAACCAUAGUAAUGUCAAACUAUAAGGGAACUCGGAGAGUGCAGACCUCCACAAACGUUGUUUCCAUAAGUGAACAAUAAUGUGUGUAGUGCUCCAUGAUUCGGAAACGCUCCAAAAUGUAAAGGGUUCUUCCUUGGCCCAUGCUAUACCCUUCUAUACCCUUCUAUCAAGGUCAAUCAAAGGGCCGGUAGUUUAUCUGUCAUUCUGCUGACAAACAGACAGAAAGACAAACAAACUAAUCCGAAAACAUAACCUCCUUGGCGGAGGUAAUUAUCUUAAACUACUACUGCAGCGGUAAGAGGAAAUAAUUGCUAAACGAUUAUACAAUAUCGGACUGAUAACGAGGAAGAAGCUCUGCAUUGUAAAUCUAGAAUUGAAAAGCCUACCAAAAUAUUUUUUUAUGAAUUUAUACUAGAACUAGGCUUAUACCACUUAUGAAUCUGCACUAAUUAAUAUUGUUAUGAGAACAAUAGAUUUAUUGAUCAUUUGUAAUGUGAAAAGGUCGCUUAUAGUAACAACCUCACAGAGAAUUAUCACCCAACUCUACUUUCUCUCAGCUAAAGGAGGCUUUUAGCCCCAUUAAGCUAAUUGUUUUGAUUUCUCCGGGCCUACAAAGUUACCUUUUGGUUUAGUGUCACUAUGCACAUAAUCCUCGUUUGCUGUCAUUUGCUGCAAAUAAUCUAAACACGACUCCAAACCAAUACCAAUGUUGCUACAUCUCUGCUAAAUAUGUAAAUGAGCCACUGUUUGCUAACACAUUAGCAAUAGCAACCUUCUAAGGUGAUGAUAUGUCACUGUUGUCCUAGCUUGUUCCACUGCCCCCAAGUGGCCAGAAAAUCUGUUACCGUUUGGUUAAGUAUUGUUUGGAUAAACGGAAACAAAAAAUGAGGCUAAUAUUUUAAAACGUUACCACGGUAAUUGCAAUUAUCGCACUAGUCCCAUCAUGGCUAAUGAACAUGCUUAACAUGAUUUUUAAAAUUCCUCCAGUUCCUUGGUCUUGUGAUGGGAAAGGGUCUACAGUUACUAAAGCCACUUACCUGUGAAUGCUACUGGUUGUAAUCAUUCUGGACAGUAAAGAUUGUCUUUCUUAAAGGGUUAGAGAUACACAAUGCAAACGCAACAAACAAUGUCUGUUUUAUGACUGAAUCGUGCAUAUUGGAGACCACAUGCCUUGGCACAGGAAGUAUUCUUUUCUGUAUGAGGGAUGUUUAUCUUCCCAUUUCUUACCCAGUGGCAAAGUGUUGUUAACGGCAGAAUACAGUACAAGAGUUUGAAUCUUUACCGGUCGGACUAAACGUCAUAGUACAAGCACUUCACACAAAUACCUCUUCAGUACGUUCCUGCCUGCUUCAGCAUUUAUUUAUUGAUUGUUUAGUCACUUUGUAUGACUGCGUAGGAAUCGCAGACACACAAACGGAACACAGCGAAUAAAAGAAAAAGUUGUUUUUGAAUGGAGGAACAUUUUCUUGUCUGCUUUUACAUUCCAUGAGAGCUACCUUCAUCCCACUACCCGGGUAGUCAGUCACAACUCUGGGCCUUUUUGAUCUGAAGAAAUGCAGAUAGGAGAAUGAAAAAAUAAAUAAAUGGAAAACUGAGCAAAAGAAAGAAUAAGAGAGGCUAAACUCAGUUCUCAGGGACAUCACUUAAAGAAACAAAACAAAAAGUAGUAGCAUUAAGCAUUUAAGAUAUUGUAAAUAUUAAAGUGUCAAUUCAGAAAAUUGUAAAGUUAUAAUUAUUUAUGAUAAGUACGUUAUGUGUUUGUUUCACUUUGUUUUUAUGUUUUUAUUUUAGCGGGGGUGUACUUGAAUUGUUUUGGACGGGGAAUUUGACAGCGUUUUUUGUAAGAGCAAAGACUUCAAGGCAUUUCUCAGGUGCUCCUGUGUACAUUUCUUUCGGUUUGUUUUUGCUAUAAUAACUAUUAUUAUUUGUAUUUUUUUUUUUUGAUUUGCAAAGACAAAAAAAAGUCUGUUUUCCAAAAGGAUGCAUGUUUUUCGGAGUUAAGGAUAAUGAGGAAGGCAUUCACUUGUAAACAGAUACGUACUAAACCUGACUAUGCAGAACCACUUCGAUGGUCUUGUCACCUCUUAAAGAUGCCCCCCUAAAAACUUAAGUGUGGAAGAAGAGACUCAGUGGACUGAGCCACUAUUAAAGAGAGGGGGGGACGGACAAAGACGAGACCCAGCAUGCUUGUAUUUGGACAAUGCGCAGUAGCCAGCCUGCAUACGCUGCAACAUUUAGAGGGGAAAAAAAUGAAAAUGGUGGAAAAUGCCUUUUGUGACCGAUCAAUGUACAAAGUUUAUUUUUGCUUUACUUCUUUGUUGGUUUUAUUUAAUCAGGACUCAAGCCUUUAGUGUCUUCUCAGAGGUGUCGUGUGGCGGCACCGCAGUGAGACAGAACAACACACAAAUGUCAGAGAGUCGGAAACAGCAACUGUUUGAACAAAGAAGGCGGCCCGUGGAUGACCUUGUGUGUGUGCUUUUAUUUGGAUUUCUUUCUCAACUCCCAUCACAGUUCACCACUUCUUUCUCAUCACCAUACUUUCUUUUUGUUAUAUAAUCUUCGGUUGUUUAUAGCCUCCCCCUCUCACACAGGAAGGAGCGAUGCUUCGAUGUGUCAAUGAGCAGCUUUCAGUGCAGCCACUUCCUCUGUUGUCUCACCUUAAAACUCUUGAGACAUCAGUGCACUGCAACAUACAUACAUUUGUAAAACAUGAGUUUGACAAACUAGUGGGUUUUCAUCUUCUGCUGCUGCAAAGUUUCUACAUGAUGAGAAAAAAAAAAGGUUAAAUUAAUUUUUGGCUUCUACGUUAGCAUGAAAAGGCUGUUUUCUUUAAUCAGCAAUGAAAGACAGAUUGUAUGUCACUACUUUCUUAACUUGGAAGCUCCAGCCAGCUGCCUUUAUGUGACAUUAACUGAUAACAUUACAACAAAGAAGUUCCUCCCUCGUUCUUGACCUCUGUUUUCAGUUGGUGUUAACCUUAACAGCCAGUUCUUAUUGUUUCUCCUCCUUUCUUACUUUCUUUCUUUCUUUCUUUCUUUCUUAGGAGCGUGCUAUUUGCUGGUAGAGAUCUAGUUCACCUACUGUUUCCCAGUUUUUUAUUUUGGAUUUUUUCUAACUUAAGGGAAAAUGGAAAAAGUGUUUGUUGCCUCUUUGUGCUACUGAUUAUGAAAAGGUAUUUCCAGUAUUUGUUGCCACAGAAGUAUGAUAGCUUAUCAUCAACACUUGUUUUUGUUUUGUUUUGUAAUUUUUUUGCGCAACUUCUUGAGCUACUGUCUAUAAAGCGAGAAUUUAUUACUAUUUAUGUAACGCUACUACCAUUUUAUAUUGAUUUGUGUUGGAAUCUCAGUGCUUUUCUAUGAAUAAAGUGUGAAACACGUUA